AAAUAUCAAACACCACAAAAAUCACUUACUUAAUUAACACUCACUAUAAAUAAAUCCUCUUCAACAUUCAAAAUCUUUGCUAAUCAUCUCCAUUUUCAAAACAACAACACGACAAAAAAAAAAACAGAGAAAACUGCCAACAACAACGUUAGCAUGACCAUAUCAAUGGCAACUUCACCUCAAACUCGUCUCUUUCAAAACACAAACCUUUUUAAUCACAAAAACAAAAACAAAAACAAACCUUUUCUUCCAUUAUCAUUCAAACCCAUCUCAAUCAAAUGUGCCACCAAAUUAGACACACAGCACUCUACAACACCUCUCCACACCCAAUCCCAAGAUCGUGUCUUCAAUUUCGCCGCCGGUCCCGCCACCUUACCGGAAAAUGUUCUUCUUAAAGCCCAAUCGGAGCUCUACAACUGGCGUGGAUCCGGCAUGAGUGUUAUGGAAAUGAGCCACAGAGGCAAAGAAUUUCUCUCCAUAAUCCAAAAAGCUGAAUCAGAUCUACGUACCCUCUUACAGAUCCCAUCUGAAUACUCUGUUUUGUUCCUUCAAGGCGGCGCCACCACACAAUUCGCCGCCGUGCCGUUAAACCUCUGCACUCCACAAGACAGCGUUGAUUACAUCGUCACCGGUUCGUGGGGUGACAAAGCAUUCAAAGAGGCGCAAAAGUAUUGUAAACCUAAAGUGAUUUGGUCUGGGAAAUCUGAAAAGUAUACAAAGAUUCCAUCUUUUGAUGAUUUUGAACAAAACCCAGAUGCUAGAUUUUUGCAUAUUUGUGCAAAUGAAACUAUUCAUGGGGUUGAGUUUAAGGAUGUUAAUUACCCUAACCCUAAAAAUUCAAGUGGAAUUUUGGUUGCUGAUAUGUCUUCUAAUUUUUGUUCAAAGCCUGUUGAUGUGUCAAAAUUUGGGGUUAUUUAUGCUGGGGCCCAGAAGAAUGUGGGACCCUCUGGUGUAACAAUUGUGAUCAUAAGAAAAGAUUUGAUUGGAAAUGCUCAAAGUUUUACCCCUGUGAUGCUUGAUUACAAGAUACAUGAUGAAAACAAUUCACUUUACAAUACACCACCUUGUUAUGGAAUUUACAUGUGUGGUUUGGUUUUUGAGGAUCUUUUGGAACGAGGUGGAUUGAAAGAGGUUGAGAAAAAUAACAAGAGAAAAGCUGAGAUUCUGUUCAAUGCUAUUGAUGAAAGUAGUGGCUUUUAUAAGUGUCCUGUGGAGAAAUCUGUGAGGUCUUUGAUGAAUGUGCCUUUUACUUUGGAGAAACAGGAAUUGGAAGGUGAGUUUAUUAAGGAAGCUGCUAAGGAAAAGAUGGUUCAGCUUAAGGGACAUAGGUCUGUUGGUGGUAUGAGAGCUUCUAUAUAUAAUGCUAUGCCUUUAGCUGGUGUUGAGAAGUUGGUAGCUUUCAUGAAGGAUUUUCAAGCCAAGCAUGCUUAGAUGAGGAUAAUAUUCUUCUAUUCCUAUGUAUGCAACAAGCACUUGCAUUAAUUAACCUAUUAGAGUAGCUUUUGUUUUGUGUUUGUGUUAGUGUUUUUUUUUUUGUCUUUUUUUUUGUGUUGUCUUUGGUUUUUUCUACUUUGUUUCCUUUCACUUUUAAGUGCAAUGUUUUGAUAUACAAAUGUAGUGUUUUCAUUAGUUUAGGUUCUACUCAUUAUACCUCUGCACAAGAUUCUAUGGAUUUGAACUACUGUGGUAAGCUAUGUAUAAACUACAAAUACCUUGAUAUAUACACUAGAAAGGUUGGGGGAAGCAAUGGUUCUUGACUUCUUGUGGAUAAGUAAACAUGGUGCAAGUUGUGUAUUGAAACUAUAAGAAUUUUCAAUAAUGGAAUUGAUGUUGUUUUCACCAGUCA